UGUUCAUCACUCUCAUUCAGUUCUUCGAUUCGCGACGGAACGCAGCUCGUUUUUGUAUAGUAAAGUCGACGACGAGUUUGUAGUAAAUCGGUACUUCUGAGGAGUUUUCUGCUGCUGUUGCUGGUGUUGUGUGUGUAGACAAAUUUUUCGCACUACUGCACUCCGUACUCGUCGGUCGUCGUGCUAUUUUCGCGUUUGGGGAUUGAACGAGAAAAAAGAUGGAAGUUCUCUAGCGAUCCGUCGUCGCGGAUUUUGUUGUGCGUCUCAGGUUCUGUGUUUGUGUGUCUAUUUUCGAAGCUCGUGCAGAAAAGAUCCUGGAAUCGGUCGUGAAUCUGAAGAAAAGUGAUCUGGUCCUUACCAUUCCGAUUCCACCAGUUUUUGUGAGUGGUGAUCAAAGAAUCACGAAAAGAGAAAAAUGCCAAUAAAGGAGGGGUUCUGAUGUAAAACAAAAGGCAAGAAGCUUUAAGUGGUGGAAAAUCAUCCCGAAAAUAGUGCGACCCUUGUCCCGGAUAGCAGAGAAAGGAGAUUACAAAUUACGCGAAGGCGCAGUGGUUUACGCCCCAUUUUUUUUGUUCGCAUCGUGUCCUCCCACGGAAGAAAAUAUUAAUAAUCAUCAACAGAGCCAGUUAUCGGAGGAAGUGUCAUGAACUCCCGAAUAAAGGAGGAUGUCACCCGACUGUUUGAGUACUGGUGCGAGAUUGCUCCUGGGGCUGCGGCGACGACGGCGUCCUCUCCAGCCUCGGCGAGCCCAUCGUCAAAUAAUGGGGACAGCAAGCAUCCGGGAUACAUCGUGCACAGCUUCCCGGAGUCGUUCAAGGAUGCCAAGGUGAUUGCCGAUAUUCCGGCGUUUGCGUUUCCAUGCGCCUUCGAGAGGCGGACAAUCCAGGUGCACUCGUUCGUACUAACCAAUAUCGAUUCCAAGUGGCGGUUCGGAUUCUGCAGGCAUGAUCCGAAAUCACCGACCGCGAUGGUCAUCGUCACGUACCUGCCGUGGCACGAUACCUUCAUCCGCUUCCUGAAUGUGUUGGCCGAUGUGCGGAAAAACUCCCAGAGUGAAUUCGAGUCAUUCCUGACGGAAGCGUACAACAAGGGCGUCCCGGAACCGGGCGGAUGCCUGAAGCUGCAGUAUGACCGACCCGUACAGACAUUCGUCUUCCAGAGGCCCCAGCAGUUCCUUCUACCCAGUAUACCGGAAAAUCACAACCUAAACCUGUACUACAACUUUGUGGAGCCAAAGUUCAUGAUCGGGGUGUUCGCCGCGAUGCUGGCAGAGCGGAGAAUCAUCUUCAUGUCGCGCCGUCUGGAUGUCCUCUCGUCCUGCAUCCAGGCGGCGAAUGCAUUCCUCUAUCCGAUGGUGUGGCAGCACAUCUUCAUCCCGGUCCUGCCGAUGAAGAUGAAGGACAUCCUCGGCGCACCGAUGCCAUUUCUGAUAGGCGUCCCGGAGGCCGUGUUCGAAUCGCUCCGCCGGGAGGAGAUCGGCGACGUCGUCCUACUGAACUGUGAUAAGCGAACGCUGGAAACGCCGUUCGACGAUGUGAAAAACAUGCCACCGGAACUGGUCGCCUCGCUCAAGAAACACCUGGCCAACUCGACCGAACAUCGGGGCGAUCGGGUAUCGAAGAUAUUUUUAGGUAUUUUAGUGCAAUUAAUUGGCGGCUACCGGGACGCGGUAAAGUUCAACGACAAGAUCACAUUCGAUCCGGAAACAUUUAUCGACACCCGACCGUCGCAUCUGAGGGCAUUCCUAACCAAUAUGCUGCAGUUGCAGAUCUUCCAGCAGUUCAUCGAAGAACGGCUGGAUAUGCUGAACACCGGGCAGGGGUUUUCGGACGAAUUUGAGGUGGAGUGCUUCCGAUAUGCGGAAAAGUCCGGCCGCAAAGUGAAACAAUACAAGGACCUGCUGAAGAACUUUAAGGAUAAGACCAACCCGGCAGUUCGGUCCGCCGUCAAAUCGGUCAAAGAAGGUGGCAAAGGUGUCAAGACGGCCUACAAAGGCCUCCGGUCCAAGUUCCGCGAAACGACACCACCGAAAUCGAAGCUGGACAGCAGCAUCCACUCGCACAUGUCCCAGUACGACGUGGGGCACCAGUCGGCACCGAACUCGCCCGUCUUCAACAAGCGGCCGCAGACGAUUGCCCUACCGGACGACUCGUCCUACCAUCACACCAAUCACGCCCAAAUGCUGACCCCUUCCAGCACGUCCCUGUACAACUCGCCGCACAUCGUGAUGAGCAACAGCAGCCAUAACAAUUACAACACCAUCACCGGGUGCAGCAGCAGUAGCGUGAUGAUGAACAAUAACAACAACCACCACCACAGCAGCAGCUACAACACGAGCAGUAGCGACGUGCGGAGUCCGUCGCUCAGCUUGAGCCCAACCAGUUCGAACUCGUCGUCGGAGAUGAAUCUGCUGCAGGAGCUGCAGCAUCUGGCGUUGUUCAAAUCGCCCGCCGUCAACCGGAAUCUCAAGCCGUCGUACAGCUUGGACUCGCCCAAUCGGGCCGCAUCUCGGACCGGUGCUCCGGUGAGUUCACCCGGAUCGGGUCCCGGGCUGCCACGAAUACAGGAAGCACCAUCAUCCUCGGCAACGCAACCGCUUCUGCAGUUGGAUUUAAACACCGGAUCGCCGGAGGCAAACGGCCAACGAGGCUUGCACCACCAUGCGGCGAACAACUACAACAACAACGAUCAAAACUUUGACCUAUCACCGGACAUGCCCUGUCCGCCGGUGCCUCCGAGGAGGUUCCAAACGGCAGCCGAAGCCCUGGCUGGCAUCCAGAUUUCACCCCCACCAAUGUCUCCCCCCUCGUCUUCCUCGUCGACCUCGGCGUCGCCCUAUAGAAACUAUAACAACUUCCUGCACCACGCUGCCAUGAUGCAAUCGAAGCCAAAUCAAUCGCCCUCGAAUCCGAACACGGCCGGAGGGUCGCCCUCGCCGGUCGUUAGUCAGUCGCCUCCGCUCCCGUCGCCACCGCCACCGCCGCCACUGAAAGCGAGCCGGAACGAUCCGCUAGUGACGCAGUUCGACGACGAUGAACUGAUCACUUUAACGCCAAAUAAUUCCACCAACGACGCUAGUAGCCAAAUCGUACUCGAACCUAGUAGAGGCAAUGCCGGUAGCCAUCAACAUCAACAGUCCAACGGUAUCAGCGCGCUACCGAAUCAUGAUGCGAUCCAAUCGCACACGUUGCCACAUCCCCCCUCUCACCAUAAAAACCACCAACACCACCACCACCACCAUCUUAACAGCCACCAUAAGCCACCGGCCCCGCAGCCACCGCAGAGGCCUCCGCUGGCACCGAAGCCCACCUUCCGCAAAGAGUCUAACGUCGAUGUGGCUGACGCUAACGCAACCAUCAAUGCUCCUUCAUCAUCCGCACUCCCUGCGCUCCGAACCGGUGCUGCGUUGACGGGUUCCCCCGAGAAACCCAUCGGCGACCACAGUUCCGAAGAUCUAAUCAACCUGGACACUACCAAUUCCAGCUUCGAGCUGGAAGACUUUGAUCCACUAAACGAAAAAGCUAGACCAAUCCCCGCUGGCACGAAGCCCGUCCGCAGUAGUAAACUAAAAUCAUCCGGCACCUUAUCACCGCCUUCAACGGCAACGGCGCCAUACGGUUUCAAUAAUCCAGUGUAUCCCUAUUUCACACCACCAUUCCUUCAUGGCACCAAAUCGGCAACCGCGUCGCCACUGUCUUCGUCCUUCAAUGCCAACACGACCACACAAAUGAAAAACAACUUCAACCACCACCAACACCACGCACACCAUCAACACUCGCUAUCGCAAGGGAACUUUCCGACUGGACCAGCCGGAGGGGCGGCGCGGUCGGGUUUUAGUCCUGGUAGCGGUCCCGUUAAAAUCCCCCGCAACAGCGCACAAGACGACUUUGAACUGUUACGAAACUACGGUCUAGAUAAGUUCUCGUUCCUAGAUAGCGCUAGUAGUAUCGGCAACGGGAAACAACAGCAACAACAACAACAUCACAUGGCAAGUCUUCUCAGCAACAGUAGCCAGCAGCAGCAGGGAAUCGCCGCGACGGCCACAGCUAAUGGUAGUAGUGCUAACGGUUUAAGGGAUAGUGGUAGCAGUUUGAGACAAUUCGGUAAUGUAAAUAGCAUUGUAAAUGGUCGCCCAAGCAACGCCAGCAGCAGUAGUACUGCGAGCUCCUCCACAGGUGGCGGCACUAAGGCACCGUUCGGCAAUUGGACCACCUUUGACUGAGAUAUAGGUUUGCCCUUUAGUCGUUUGUGUACUAUGUAUAUGUAGGUUAUAUGCAUUUUCCGGUUUCAUCUCUUACUUGGUUUGAGUUUUAUAGGAGAACGAAAUAUAUCAAGAAGUAACCACCACAGACAGAAUAGUAUUUUCCAUUGCGUUUAGUCCCUUUUUUGUGUUAAUAGUGUUUUUUUUUUUGUUACUUAGAUAUUAUAUUGUUUUAAAAGUGUGAUCUAUGUCCACUACCGUAUUGUGUAGCAGCGGUAGUAGUAAGCAAAGAUGAAAAUGUUAUAUAAUUUAUAUAGAACCAUUAUCUAGUGGUAGUAAUUUAUCCUAUAUGGGGGGUCAGAAUAAAAUAGCAAGAAAUUGGCAAACAGACGGAUCGCACAGAAACAGCGUUAGUUGUGCAUUUUUCUUUCUUUUUUUUCUCUGGAGAUGACAACCAAAAAACAAACAAACCAUUACGAAAGAAAAGAUAGUGAAACAGUUCUCUAAUCAAUAUAUUUUAAUCGAAAACGAAGGUAGCAUGUUUUAGAAGGCGGAAAACGGACAACGCGUAAAAAGAAAAGCAAUUUCAAGAACGAGUAAGAAAACAGAUGGAAAUCAGAUACAUAUUUAAAUGCUGUUAGCGACAAAUGGAGGCGAAGAA